AGGCGUGGAAAGGGGUGGAGGUUGGGGGUGGGGGAGUCGACGACUUGGCGCCUGUGCGCGCUAUAAAUUGUGAAGAGCCGAGGCGCGCGACGCGCUAGUGCCGUGUAGCGAUGAAGUCGGUGAACCUCUGAACUGUAGGCAUGGUGUGAAAGUUGAGUGUCUUUAAAUAAGCCAGUCGUCCAGUAGUGCUGCUCACUGCUGGUGAAAGUGCGCUGACCUGCCUCCCUGCUUCCCUCGCUUGGAACGUUUGGCUACUUCUCGCUCUGCUCCUUGACACUGCCGUACCAAUAACCAAAGCACCAUGGAUGAAAAUAGUGUCGAGAGCAUCGCGGAGGUGUUCCGAUGCUUCAUUUGCAUGGAAAAGCUGCGGGACGCUCGCCUCUGUCCCCAUUGCUCCAAGCUGUGCUGCUUCAGCUGCAUACGGCGGUGGCUCACAGAACAGAGAGCUCAAUGUCCACACUGCAGGGCACCCUUACAGCUGCACGAGCUGGUGAACUGCCGCUGGGCGGAGGAGGUCACACAGCAGCUGGACACACUGCACAUGUGUGGGCUCAGCAAGCAGGAGGAUGGCGACAAGGACAAGUGUGAACUGCACAGAGAGAAGCUGAGCGUUUUCUGCUGGACCUGUAAAAAGUGCAUCUGUCACCAGUGCGCUCUCUGGGGGGGCAUGCAUGGUGGCCACAUGUUUAAGCCGCUGUCGGAGAUCUACGAGCAGCACGUGUCACAGGUCAACGAGGAGGUGGGGAAGCUGCGGCGGCGACUGAUGGAGCUCAUCAGCCUGGUGCAGGAAGUGGAAAAAAACGUCGAGUCCGUCAGGGGCGCAAAGGACGACCGAGUGCGGGAAAUCCGCAACGCCGUGGAGAUGAUGAUCGCCCGACUCGACACCCAGCUCAAGAGCAAGCUGCUGACUCUCAUGGGCCAAAAGAACUCGUUGACGAAAGAGACGGAGCUUUUGGAGAGUCUGCUGCAGGAGGUGGAACACCAGGUACGCUCAUGCAGCAAGAGUGAACUAAUAAUGAAAAGUGCGGAGAUCUUGCAGAUGUUUCAGCAGGUUCAUCGCCGACCCAUGGCCUCCUUUGUCACUGCGCCGGUGCCCCCUGACUUCACGAGUGAGUUGGUGCCUGCCUAUGACUCCAGCACAUUUGUGCUCUCAAACUUCAGCAUCCUGAGGCAGAGAGCCGACCCGGUGUACAGCCCUCCGCUGCAAGUGUCCGGCCUCUGCUGGAGGCUCAAAGUGUACCCGGAUGGAAAUGGCGUGGUACGAGGAAAUUACCUCUCUGUGUUCUUAGAGCUCUCUGCGGGCUUGCCAGAGACAUCCAAGUACGAGUACCGGGUGGAAAUGGUGCACCAAGCGUCCAGCGACCCGAGCAAGAACAUCAUCCGCGAGUUUGCGUCCGACUUUGAGGUGGGAGAGUGUUGGGGAUACAACCGCUUCUUCCGCCUCGAUCUCCUGGCCAGCGAGGGCUACCUCAACACUCACAACGACUCCGUGGUGCUCAGGUUCCAGCUACGCCCGCCCACGUUUCACCAGAAGUGUCGCGACCAGCAGUGGUACAUAAGCCAGCUGGAGACGGCACAGGCAGCCUACAUCCAGCAGACCAAUGACCUUAAAGAGAGGCUCACCAUCGAGCUGUCGCGCUCCCAGUCGGGCCGCGCCGCCACUCUGCCCAGCAGCCACACGAGUCCGCGCGGGGGCCCGUCUCGGGCAAAGCAGCCGCGUCCCGGGCGGCAGAGCUCGCACUCGUGCGCCGAGGCGGCCGGCGCCCUGGCGUCGGUCGCGGCGGUCGGAAUCCGCUCGCCGCGUGACGGCAGCUGCUCCAGGGACAGCACCCUGCCCCGGGACGGCGGCGGCGCGCUGCCUGUCGAGGAAGAGGACGACGAUAAGACGCAGCACGACGAUUCCAACCAGGAGAUUUCUGACGGGGACCUGGAUGGAGAGUGUCUCACCGGGGAGGAGGAGAACAAUUUGCUGGGCGAGGGCAGCAGCAGCUCGGCCAGCACGGCCGGCAGCAGCAGCACAGAGGAGAAUGACAUCGACACAGAGACCAUGUCUGGUGAGAAUGACGUCGAGUACGGUGGAGCCAUGGACCUGGAAGAGGGGGAGCUGCUGGAUGAGGCCCUGGGGGCGGCCGCAGGCGGCACGUGCUUGGCGGAGGGAGCGCGGGGAGGCCGCGCUCGCGUCGCGGUGGGCCUGGCGGGCGCCGCGGGGAGCCUCCUGGAGCUGGAGCCCAGCCUGCUGCUGCAGCUGCUGGACCUGGGCGAAUCGGAGACCCUGUGGGAUUUCCCGCCACACCCACCCGAGCUGCACUCGUCGCGGCAUCAGAGGAAGGAUCGCGAACAGCAGCGGAGGCAGCAGUCGCUGCUACGGAACUCCGCUGACGUUUUCAAACGCCUGCAAGCGCAGGUGGCGGAGGGCAGAGGCAAGCUGCCUGCAUCACGGACUCGGGGCCGCACGACGACAGUGACCGCCAGGAGACCCCCGUCGCUGCAGCGAGCGCUUGACAGCAGGGAGAGUGACAGCCGCUCCAUGCAGGCGGAGAGGCACACCGCGCAGCCCCACAGCGAAGGCAUAGCUGCGUGCGGCAGGCGCCGGGUUUCCCCCAAGUCAUCUUCGCCUCCACUGCCCUGCGACCAAGAUGCAGGGUCGGGGCACGGCGCGACCCCGGGGCAAGAGCUGCAGGAGGAGUCGGCGUGCCCGGCACCGGUGCCCGUGGGGGGCUAUGACCUGGCGAAGGCCCUCAGCAGCGUCCCAUCCCUGGAGAUGGUACGCAAGGGGCUUUCAGUUGGGCCGGGGCAGCGUGUCCGCCACUCGGGGAACCGCAGGGCAGAGUCGGAAACGAGCACCGCCGUGCCGACCGGCGAGGGGGCAGACGACCAUGGGGAGCACGUUAUGGCACCGACGUCUGGCAUGUGUGGGGGGCUGCUGGAGCUUGGCCAACCCCAGUGUCUGUCCGCACCGGAGCGUGGGGUCUCACCGGACCUAGGGGGCUCAUGUUUAGCGGGGUCUGACCUGGACAGCUCCCUGGAGCCCGAGGAAAGGGAGGCAGCAGCUGAGCUACGGGAGGAAGGAUCAAUUUCAGAAGAUGCUUCAGAGGACAGUUUUGUGGCUGAUUUGGAUACCAAAUGAUUGACAAUGCUGCCUGGUGAUUACAUUUUGAUUUUUAUAUAUAGCAAAUUAACACGUUUACGUAAUGGGUACAAAAGUCAAAGUUGAUGCUGCUAUAAGGAGCAAUAGGGUAGCACUUGUCAUGGAUUUACAGUCCUGAGCCAAUGGGAGAAAUUCCACAUUCUCCAGUCGAGUACCGGUCUCUGUGUGUGGCAGCCCACUGUUGACUUUGUUGCAAAAGGUUUGCUUCUUCUGACUGCAAUGGGACGAUGAUUAUAAUGGGCAGAGUUGACCUUUGAUUGAAAUUUAAACUUUGCAACUCUUCGAUUACAAAUACUUCUAACUGCAGCAUAGCCUGGCUAGAUGUAAAAAUUAUUACGGAUGCAAAAAAAUACACAUCCUUGUGGCAGUCACCACGUGAAUUUGUCAAAGUGCAUGCAUUUGUGUAGACAUUUGUGCUUGCACGUUUGUGUGAUUCUCACGCCCAUGUCCCAUGCUCCCGUCUCGAGUGCACAAUCGACUUUUUGAUUUGUUUACACGGACGUUCCGUGGCACGAAAUUAUUUUGGAUACCUCUUAAGCGUUGCAAAGUGUAAAAAAAAAAAAGACGUUAAGUUCAUUAAAGUUUUUUUUCUGAAAUUAUUUUGCGUUGUGCCUUGCAGGUAACUGCAGAGGCUGCCUUGGUGCGUCAUCGCGGUCAGAGCAAAGUAAUAUAAAAGCCACCGUUGUUAAUGCUGUGCAUUUUAACGCAUCUGUGUGAUGCGUGGCUUGCACUACCGAGCAUAGUGUUAUGUCAUUGCACGGAAUUUCAGCACAAGUUUAGUCUUCAGAACAACAAGCACCUGAAUUCCACUUUUGAGGAUGCAAGUGCACAUAGUUUAUACGUGUGGCCAUUUUCUUUUUGUUAAAACGCAGAAAACUUCCCUGUGACUUGAGAUUUCCUGCAUAUCGUUGCAUUUCAUUGUCUUUGUAAUGUUCGUUUUUUUUCUAUUUUAAUUUGAUUUAUAUAUAUGGCAAAUAAAGUGUUUAUAACAGCUGA